AUGGUGGCGCCCGCAAUAGCCAUUCUACUUUUGCUACUGUCGGUGUCGUGGUGCCUGGUGGGCAACUAUAUCCGCCUGAUGGCAAUUCCGGGCCCGCGACUGGCCGGAUGGUCCGACUUCUGGCAUAAACGUGCCCAGAACGCCUCCAACUUUGGCCGUCUGUUGACCACCUAUCACUGGAAGUAUGGUCCCCUUGUGCGUUUGGGUCCGAAUUGUGUGAGCUUGGCGGAUCCAGAAUCAGUCUCGUAUGUUCAUGGGCGCCAACUGCACGAAGAGGGAAAUGAGACCGUUCAGCAGACCAUCGAGGGCGCUGCGCAGUACGAGGGUGUGGUUGACCAAUUGGCGGCGGAUCUUAUGGAGAACCUCCAACGGCAGCGCGUUAUCGAGCUGACGGCGUCGUUUCGCUUCUUUGUGAAGAAUUUCGUUGGUCGCCUGAUUCUAGACGAUCUUAUGGAACGGACCGCGUAUCUUCGCAAUGAAGUCCACUCGGGCCGAUGGUUUCACACCCUAAAGGGUUGGUUCGCAUUUCCGACAAUUGAGUACCUCGUUCUAGGGAGUCCCGGUGCGCGGUUGAAGAUGACUCGCGGGGGGCUGUUAUCCGAUCCAAGGCUAAUGUGUCUGCCGGAGAUGGGUUCCAACGCACGCUCGAAUUCGAAGAAUUCCCCUGGCCAAAGAGCCCGCAGUGUGGGAGAAUAUCGGAGACUGCAGACCACGGUAGCGAGCAUUAACUGCAUUAAUGCGGCUUUUGUUUCCGUGUUCCGUGCCUUACUAUGUCACCCUUCGAUACUAUGCAAACUUCGGCACGAGCUCGACACUGCAUCUCAGGCGAGGAUUCUCUCCGACCCCCCUCAGUGGGUAGAAUUGAAUCGUCUGCGAUAUCUCGAUGCUGUCAUGAUGGAGGUCAUCCGUCUUUUCUCCCCGGGCCACUCCGUGAAGACGAUCGCUCCAGAGGGAGGCAUUACGAUCGCAGGUUUUCAUGUGCCCGAGGAUACAGUGGUUCUCUCACACUCUGAUACAAUGCGGCGGAAUUCCGAAAUCUUCGGACCCGGUAGUCAGGCAUUUCAACCAGACCGAUGGCUUGCGAUCCACCAAUGUCAACGGAGGCGCAUGGAGGACAACUUGUUUCCAUUCUCCCAAGGCAUCCGGUCCUGUCCAGAAGGUUGGGCGGCCUGGAAGGAAGUGAAAAAGGUCGUUGCGAUGAUCAUUAUGAGAUUCGAGAUGCGCUCGGUGCAUGUUGAAGGCCUCAGCGGGCCAACAACCAGCGAGGAAACUCCCCCGACGAUGGUCAGCUUUGCUGUGCGACCAGGGAUCCACUGA